AUGGUGGUGCCCAAGUUCACAAACACAAACUGCCUCAUAGAGCACCACGGGCGCCCCAUAUUUUGCGCCAAGUUCAACUGCUGCGACCCCUCAUAUCAAGACCUCCUCGCAACCGUUGGCAAGAACAAGGCGACCAUCUACCAGUGCCACCCCGGCGGCCGAGUGGAUGUGGUGCAGAUCUACACAGAUGCGGACGCGAACGAGGACCUAUUCGUGGCCAACUGGUCCGUGCGGCCGGGCACGCGCGCGCCGCUGCUGCUGGUGGCUGGCGUCAAGGCGAUCCUGCGCGUCAUCGAUUGCAGCCGCCAGUCGCUGGUUAUGUCUCUGCGGGGCCACGGCAAAGACAUCCACGACAUAGCGGUGCACCCCUCGCGCCCCCAUCUGGUGCUGACCGCCAGCAAGGACGAGAGCGUGCGGCUGUGGAGCCUGGCGGGCGCCUGCUGCGUGGCGGUGUUCAAGGGGGAGGGGGCGCACACGCACGAAGUCAUCAGCCUGGUGGGCCGGGGGCGCGCGGGCCGGGGGUGGCUCGAGAAGGACUGGCACCCCUGGCAUGCGCACCUGUUUGCGUCGGCCGGGAUGGACUCGUCGGUCAAGAUCUGGUCAAUACAGGGCGUCUGGCCGAGGGUCGAGCAGUCAGACACCUGGGUGCAGGACCCCCAGGGUGAGGGGCGCGCAUUCAGGGCGUCACUGGUGGAGCACCCGGUGUUCUCGUCGCAGCGGAUCCAUGGAAACUACGUGGACUGCGUCAGGUGGCUGGGUGACCUGCUGCUGAGCAAAAGCGUGGACGGCCACAUCCUGCUCACCAGGCCGCACCACCCUGAUGACCCGCAGCUGCAGACCAGCAGCGAAUUCACAAAGCUCAGGUCGUUUGACCUCCCCUCCAGCAGCAUGUGGUGGGUGCGCUUCGACGUGGCCCUCGCCGGCGACCUGCUGGCCUGCGGCAACGGCGCCGGCAGCCUCUUCCUGUGGGACCCGUCAGGGGGCCCUGGCGGCGGCGGCGGCGGCGGCGGCGCGCCGCACGCGGUCCUGCAGGCGAAGAGCUGCACGCGCGUGGUGGGUGGGGCCAACGGCAUCGUUGACAGGCGUGCUAGCGGGCUCUAG